CGUGCACACAAAUCAAAAUCAACUGUAUGAUGCUGCCGAAGUUGUGAUUCGGCUUCGACAAGCUGCUGGUGCCGGAAGAAAAGAUGGCGGAUCAUGAGGAGCAGUUAUCUGAUGAGGCUAAGGUACGCAUAGCAGCGAACUUUGUCAUCCACGCCCCACCAGGAGAGUUCAAUGAAGUUUUCAACGAUGUACGAUUGCUGCUCAACAAUGACAAUCUUCUCAGGGAAGGCGCAGCGCAUGCUUUUGCACAGUACAACGUGGACCAGUUUACUCCGGUGAAAGUAGAGCAAUAUGAAGACCAGGUCUUAAUCACAGAGCAUGGAGACCUGGGCAACGGUAGGGUGCUGGACCCUAAAAACAAGAUCUCCUUUAAGUUUGACCAUCUGAGGAAGGAGGCCAGCGACCCACAGCCACACGAUUUGGACGGAACAAUGGAGGGCUGGAGGAGUGCUGUGGACGGUGCUGUCCGGGCCUAUGUCAAGGAGCACUACCCCAACGGAGUCUGCACUAUUUACAGCAAAACCAUUGAUGGACAUCAAACCAUCAUUGUGUGUAUCGAGUGUCAUCAGUUUCAACCAAAAAACUUUUGGAAUGGACGUUGGAGGUCAGAGUGGAAAUUCACCAUCGGAUCCUCCACUACUCAAGUGGCCGGAAUAAUGAAAAUCCAGGUUCAUUACUAUGAAGACGGCAACGUUCAGCUGGUCAGCCACAAAGAGGUCCAGGAAUCCAUGUCCGUAUCUGUGAGUGCUUUAUUAAAUAGAAUACAUGUGGAACAACCCCCAUUGGAAACAUUCACAGAAAUGAACUCCUCUGCUGUAAAGUACUUGGGUCAGGUAUGUCAUUUUUAUUCUCAUUACUUGGACAUCUCUUGUUUCACCUCCCGAUUUCCACUCUGUUCCCCUCCGCCAGAACGAAGCUGCAACUGCAAUAGAGUUCAUCAAGAUCAUGGAGGCUGUGGAGAACGACUACCAGACCGCCAUCAACGAGAAUUACCAGACCAUGUCGGACACUACCUUCAAAGCCUUACGCCGCCAGCUUCCUGUGACGCGCACCAAGAUCGACUGGAACAAGAUCCUGAGCUACAAGAUCGGCAAGGAGAUGCAGAAUGCUUAAAACAAACAAAACAGAAAAGCCCAGCAUUGCAUGGCUAGAUUAUUGUAUCGUCUUUGUACAAAUUAGAUAAAUGGGAGCGGAAAAUUUUUUGGUCUCACGGACAAAAUGUCAAACAUUAUUACACUUAAGAUGUCUACUUUUAUUAAUGCUUUUAUACAGACACAGUUAAAAAGAGAAUCUGUAUAAUACAUAGAUGAUAAAGUAAAUAAUCAUAUUAUUGGCCAAAUAGGAUGUGUUUCCUAGAAGACGGGUGGAUGGUGGAGCUUCCUUCAUAUGCAAAUCUGACAACCUGAUAUACAUUUUGUGACAAUGUUGUGUCAAUAUUUAUGAUUAUGGUAGUUAGACCACACCUUUGACCCUAGAAAAACUAUACCAAUUGCAAUGAUGACAUUAUUAUUGAGGAAUCUGUCUCUGUGUAUACAUUUAGAUUAGGACUUUAUUGGCUAAUGCAGGAAAAUAAUCCUGUACUGUAAAAGAGACCUUCCGUUGUGUUCAAUGGCUUGUACUUUUAUGACAUCAGAAUGACAUCUUUUACACGCGGUUUGUCACCUCUGUCAUUUUCGACCACUCAAAUGUUCUUCUUGGUCCCCUUAUUGGUUCUCCCCACACCGUUUACCCCAGACCUUAACUUUAAAAUCUCCAGUUUGUGUGACCGUCCAAGCUAAACUGCAGCUUAACUCAUCGAUUUCUGAACUGAACUUUCAUGACACCGUGAAAGUAUGGUUCCUAUAAUACCCUAACAAGCUCAAUUAUUAAAAACCCUUUAAUCGCUACCAAAUGUGGAUUAAAAUGUUCAAUUCAAUUAAACAAGUAUGUCUUAUUUUGAAUUAGGACAGACCUGACUGUAUUAUAACAUGGCACAUUGUAAUAUAUACCUGUAUUAAACAUCCUUGUCCUUUG